UAAUUAAAACGUUUAUUUAAUUAAAAAAACUUCUAUCUAAUGGGCCCAACUCAACCCCGUUGCAUCUAUAUAUAUACAGACGUGCUACAAACAAUUUUUUCAAAUCUCAUUACUUACAAAAAUCUCAAGGUGUCUAACUACAAACAGCAAAUUAAAAAAAAAAUAACACAAAAACAUUUAAAAAACUCACUCACCACCUCUCUCUUUCGUUACUUCCCCUAAAGCACUCUCCAAUGGCAUCAAUUCAAAUUUCUUCUCAUUUUCUGGGACCAAACACUAAAAAACACAGCUCCAUUUCCAUCUCUCAUAAUUACUCUCCAACCUCUUUCACCAGAUUAUUCUCCCGCAAGAGAGUUAUGUCGUGUUCGAUGUCUAUGAAUGGAUGCGAUGGGGAUUUCAAGACGCCACUUGGAACUGUUGAGACGAGGACCACGUCGGCUGUUUUGUCUCCGGCAGCCGCUACUGAGAGGUUGAUAUCCGCCGUGUCUGAGCUCAAAUCUCAACCUCCGCCGUUUUCCUCCGGCGUCGUCCGGUUACAGGUGCCGAUUGACCAGCAAAUCGGAGCAAUCGAUUGGCUUCAGGCACAGAACGAGAUUCAGCCUCGCUGCUUCUUCUCUCGCCGCAGCGACGUUGGUCGUCCCGAUCUUCUUCUCGACUUGGCGAGCGAGGAGGAGGAUGGGAACGGAAACGGAAACCGAAACGGACGAGGCUCAUCCGAUCGGAAUCCGGUUAGCGUCGCUGGUAUCGGCUCUGCAGUUUUCUUCCGCGACCUUGAUCCGUUCUCUCACGAUGACUGGAGAUCCAUCCGAAGGUUUCUGUCUUCUAAGUCACCUCUGAUUCGUGCCUAUGGGGGCAUGCGCUUCGAUCCUAACGGCAAGAUCUCUGUUGAAUGGGAACCUUUUGGUGCAUUUUACUUUGCAGUGCCUCAGGUUGAGUUUAAUGAGUUUGGGGGAAGCUCCAUGUUGGCUGCAACUGUUGCUUGGGACGAUGAACUCUCUUGGACGCUUGAAAACGCCAUUGAAGCACUCCAGGAGACUAUGCUUCAGGUUUCUUCAGUUGUGACGAAGUUACGGAGGGAGUCUCUAGGUGUAUCUGUUGUUAGCAAGAACCAUGUUCCUACGAAAGGGGCUUAUUACCCUGCUGUAGAGAAGGCUUUGGAGAUGAUCAACCAAAAGAGUUCAUCACUUAGCAAGGUUGUGCUUGCUCGCAACAGCAGGAUCAUUACUGAUACCGACAUUGAUCCCAUUGCUUGGCUAGCACAGUUACAGCGUGAAGGGCAUGACGCGUAUCAGUUCUGUCUUCAACCACCAGGUGCACCAGCUUUUAUCGGAAACACGCCUGAGAGACUUUUCCAAAGAAAUCAAUUAGGUGUCUGCAGUGAAGCUUUGGCUGCAACUAGGCCUCGAUCUGCUUCCACGGCUCGUGAUAUGGAGAUCGAGCGUGACUUACUAACCAGCCCCAAAGACGACCUUGAGUUCUCUAUUGUACGAGAGAAUAUAAGAGAAAAGUUAAACUCUAUAUGUGACAAGGUAGUUGUUAAGCCUCAAAAAACUGUGAGGAAGCUUGCAAGAGUGCAGCACCUAUAUUCUCAACUGGCGGGAAAGCUUAGGAGGGAAGAUGACGAGUUUGAAAUCUUGGCUGCUCUGCAUCCAACUCCAGCUGUUUGUGGGCUACCAGCUGAAGAAGCCAGGCUUUUGAUUAAGGAAAUAGAAUCAUUCGAUAGAGGAAUGUACGCCGGACCUAUUGGUUUUUUUGGUGGCGAGGAGAGUGAAUUUGCAGUUGGGAUCAGAUCAGCUCUAGUUGAAAAGGGUCUUGGGGCACUGAUCUAUGCGGGGACAGGGAUAGUAGCAGGAAGCAACCCGACCUCAGAGUGGAAUGAGCUUGAUCUAAAGAUAUCUCAGGUGCGUUCACCAAGUCCAUCGAGUAUGAGGCAACAACAACUCUACAGCCGAUUAAUUGAAGAAGAUUGACAUUUGCAUUUCAUUGAAUGGGGGAUGGGGUUACAGAAGAAUCACAGUCAGUGUGGUGUGUGUUUGUUUCCUAUUUUGUAAAUAGAAAGAAUAAUUGCUCUAAGUUUUCCUGAUUGUUAAUGGGCCGAUUUUUUUCUUUGUUGUAACUAGGCCGGUCUUUUCUGAACGUUAAUCGUCCGAGCCUUUUAUUUAUGAUUAUUAAUUAAUGUUGGUGAUGGUUUUUUCCUCUGUUUAAUUAAACAAAUGUCGCUGAAAUCGAGACCAACGUCCUCUAUAAAUAAAGGGACCAUACACUGUCUCUCUCAAAUUGAGUUUUAUAAAAAUGAAUAAAACAA